AUGUUGGGCACAUCUCGGAUUUUGGAGAAGGGACCCGAAUACCUGAGGAAACAGAUGGAGCGGGAGCGGGAGGCCACGGGGCGAGUGAGUGCAGCGGAAAGGCUCGCGGCCACCAAAAUUAACUACGUUAGGAGCCCGCAGGUGAGCUCACCUUCCCGGAGUGAACCAGCUUCCAGUAAAACUGCUGAUGGCAAUGCAGAAAAUGAACAGGAACAGGUGACUGAAGGAAAUAUUGUGAAGCGAAACAGCUCCAAGAAACGACCAGACUCAAUUUUACUGUACAGACAGAAGUGUGAGCUGCAGAGAGGCUCGGGGAACACGGUCAGACGGACGUUUCUAAGCUCUCUAAAAGAAAAAAGCAGAGGUACGAAGAGUGAAAACAAGAUGCAGCUGGUGCAGAUCAGAGUGUUCGACGAGGAUGGAGCUGAUACCGGGGCAGAUGAGGACGAUCCACCCCGGAUUGAUUUUGAAGGAGGGCUGGAACCUGAACGUGCAAGGAAAGCAGUGGGACGCUCUCACUCGGACAUCAGCUCACGCUACUCCAAAAACUUUGGUGACUUCGAUGCAUUUUUCACUUACUGUGGACUGGAGGAGAAUGUGGUGCAGAGUCUGGGCAGAGAAAACUUCUCCUCACGCUCGGAUGAACUCAACCUCUCAUACGCAAAGAUUCGGAGUGUAAGUGUGGCCACGUCGGACGGUGAACAUUCGCAUACCAGUGGUGACAUCGAUGGGCUUCAUGAAGAAGAAGUGAAAGAGACUCGGCAACAAGGUUCAUCUGUUAUAGAGCGAAACGCCCGAGUUAUUAAGUGGCUGUACAGCUGCAAAAAUGCCAGCCAAUCAGGAAAAACACUGCGGGAUCUGGAUUAGGUUUAUCACCGCAAGAUCUACCUUGUACAGACCGGGAAAUGAAUUCUCACAGGCAGUAUAGAGCCUUCACAUGUCAGCACUCUAUUUUGUAUAAUUUUUAUAACAUUUUAAUAAAUACCUCAUG